AUGGGUGGGCCGGGAGCCGGUAGGGUUAGCAGGCACGAGCUGAACGCGGUGCCAAAGAGCCACGUCGGUCACGGGGAUCGGACCCUCGUAAUCGGCGAGCCAACAGCGCCAACGACACCGAGCUGUCGGUGUCACUCGACUCCGGAACGCGCGAUCUCGGCAUCUGGCCUCGUCCCCGCCCAGCUACCACCUUCGCCGCCGCCUCUCGCCUCGUUGCACAUCGUGGACAACAGCUGCCCUCUGAUCGACAACAACAACAGCAACACCAACAACAACGCGACCACUGGCGCGUCGCCGAACGCGUUGUCAAACGGUACCAAGACUGCCACCACCAUGCCCUCGCCGCCUAAGCAUCGAAGGGGCUUCGACCCCAACGACGUGAACGCCGACUAUCGCCGUUAUCGUCGCGUUAAGACGAGACGAGGCUUUGUAUGUUCCACACGUUGGGAUCUUGGGCGCCGGACACAGACCUCCCCGACAUCUCCCGACAUAUCUGUCAGCACGAGGCAUUAAAAAACACACACAAGCUUGCGAUGUUCGAUGUUGGACCGCUUCUUACUGGUUGUAUCCCCGACACCGAAAUGCGAUGACGAUCGAACGAAACUGUAAAAUAAAUAAUAAACGCAACCUCU